AUGUGUGUCGGCUUUAUUAUCAACGGAACAUCCCAAGACAAUUCGUAUUUUCGGUCCUCAACAAGAUUCCACCGCUGUUUUAACUUUCUCCUCAGGUCAGCCCAGGUAUCCACAGCCAGCCAGCCAGGGGUUCUCAGUUGUGCCAAACAACCCCGACCGAGAUAUAAAUUCGGACCCAAAGUGCCAACCAUGACGAACGCCCACCCCCCUGCACUAGCACGGGUCAGUCCACCUGUCAGGAUGAUUAACCCGGAUCACUCCUUCACCUUCGUGAACCUGGCCUCGAAGAGCUUCGAGCUCGUCCAGCACACGAUCCCGACGUCCCCGGACAUACGGAUGGUCCACGAGCUGCCCGACAGCACGCAGCUGGGAAAGGAUGGGCAGCUGAUUAUGUCGUGGACGAAGGGGUGCUAUUUCGGCAAGAGCGGCCGCGACGACGUGUUCCUCUGCUGGCAGGAGAUGGAGGCGCUGCAGUCGUUCUGCGUCGGCAUCGAGUCGCCCGAGCGCGGUUUCUUCAAGCCCAUCCGGUCGCAUUACAAGAUCAAGUACAACGACGGCACGACCGCCAAGGACUGGUUCAGGCCUUCCGACAACCCCGGGGACCCGUACACGUUCCCCAACACCAUGAACGUCGACAUCGUGGUGACGAGCCACUCUGCCAAGGACCAGCUGGAGCUCGAAAUCACCAUCAGGGAUAGGAAUCCACCGGAGCUUAAGCAGUGA